UUCUGAAAAAAAUGUAAAAUUAUACAAGUUUCAACCAUAAAUGCUCAUCUUGAACUAGCUCUUAUCCAUUUUGUUCCAUUCUCUGCUUGUUGAUUUCAUUGUACAGCAAGAAUGUUGUGACAGCUGGUCAGUGUUGUAUUUGUCCCGCCCCUCCUCCACUCUGAUUGGACGGCUCACACAUGUGAGCUAUCAUAGACGAAUCACCUGGUUAUCUUAUAUCGGGCUGAUGUUGAUGAUUACAUUUUAAAAUCAGCCGAUUCCGACAUUUUGCAUCUUAUACUUCAAAGUUUUUAAAUGUUUGGAAAAUGUUAAUGCUAAAGGAUAAUCUCAUGGUUUAGCUUUGUUUGGACUGAUGUCUUGUUAUUGGAGCGUAAUAGAGUGUUCUUAAGUUCUCUGUUCCGUUGUUUGACAGUGUCUAAGUGGUGUCUGAAGAUCUGCGAAGAUGUUUGUUGUGGAACCGCUGGCCUUAUUUCAUUAAAAGCAUCCUGCUUAAUACCUUUACACCUAAUCCAAUAUGUUAAGAUCUCACUGUUUGCUUUGUAAAUACAAAGAGUAUUGCUUGGAAAUGGAGAAUGAGGAAUGUUUUUGUUUAAAUAUGUCAGUCCCUUAUACCAAUAGUGUAUCAGUGAUCCAAUAUAUACAGGCCACUGAAAGUACAUUACUGAGGCUAUACAGUCAUCUACUCAGGAGGAAGUUUUUGAAGAAGCCAUAGGACACCAUACUCAGUUAUGUAUUGUAAGUGGGCAGAUGUGAACACGACUUUCUCCCACCCUUAGAAUCCAAACAUAAUAGUUUUCUGCCUCUGUCAUCCUUCAUUCAUCUCUUGCUAAAUCCGUAGAUAUGGUGCCGUUUUUCAGCUUCCCUCAAUCCAUUUAGAAAACAUUUACCUCAAUACCAGCAUGAUAUAUUAAAAAAGAAAGUGCAGCAGCUGUUUUCAUCUGUCCGGUGGCAGUAGGAUGGUUUUUGCAAUGCUUUAUGCUUUUUAGAAAGGCAUUUGUACAGAACCACAAUGUAAUAAACUGAUCUAUGUUGUGAGCUUUAAUACUGUGCUAAUCUCUGGCUUUAGGAGUUUAAUAUCAGUCAUGCUGUAUUUGUUUUCCAUUGAGUAAAGUAGCUCAUGGCAUGUUUGCACAGCUAAGUGUAUGUGCGUACACAGAACCAAACUUCCCUCUUUUCCUUCCUUUACGAACCAUGAUUUGAUACAGUGUAUUUUUUAUUACACUUUUACAGUGUAUUUUUAGCCCCAGAAGUACGAGAUUUGAAUCUGCCAUCUUUGCUCAUGGGACCACAGAAAUGUUUGUCAAUGGAGAAAAAGAUACUUUUUUUGGCCUAGAAUGGUAUGGUUGUGGCAUUUACCAGCAGGUGCUAACUGCUAAUGCUAACUAGCCAAACAUUGGCCUCUUGGUGCAUGAUUACAGUAAUUAUUAUUUAUACACAAUAUGUUGUGUAUCACAUUGUGUCUGUAUUUGUAGUCAUCUAGCAUUCACUUAAAUGAUCUAGCACAAUGUUGCCAAUAACAAUGGUCAGGCUGGAGAGUUUCUUUUCUCUUGCCUGUAUUCAUAUCCAUUUUACCUGAUUUAGAAAACCAUGAUUGACACAGUCUGUAAUUUACAGUGGAAGCUUCUAGAUUAUCCCUCUCUCCCUUAUCAAGUCUAUAUGGCAUCAGAUGCUGCAGGCUGCUGUUCAAGUUUUCCUAGUCUUGACGUUCAGUGUUUGAAGCAGUGGAAGACAUCCUGCCCUACUUUCCCUCCUAUGAGGCUGCAGUGUGACUAUGUUAAAAGACUGUGUGCUAUUCUGCACACACUCACGGGGGGCUUGUUACAGAAUGACACAGCAAAGUGCAGAGAAAGAUGGGUAAAAUAUGUAGGACAUUUUAGAUAUAGUGGAAAGAGAACAGGAAAUGAUAGGUGGAACUGGAAAUGAAAACAGAAUAUAUAUAAAAAGAAAAUUUUAUUUCAUAUCGCCCAUUGUGUGUUUGUGCUACCUGCUGGUCCAUUACAGUAAUGUCCACAACAUAAUUUACACCAGUAUGUAAACAAAUGCUUCAACGCUAGUGUUUUAUGCUAGCUAGCUGUUUUAGCUUCUGCAUGUACAACCUAUUUACAAACAAUUUCUAAGACUAGAAGUUAACUUAAGUGAAAUUGCUAAAUUAGACCAAAUAAAUAAUAUGGCUCAAUAUUUUGUAGCAUGCUCAUUAAUCCUAGUCCAUUACGGUAACACUUAAUGUAGUAUAUUUUACACAAGUAAACACAAGCGCUUCAUGCUAGCUAGCCAUUUUAGACUAUCUGUACAUAGAACUUAGUCACAAAGAUCACAAUAUGUAGGGGUUAAUUUAGCUUGUGAAAUGGGUACCCAAUAAUGCUACAGGUAUGUUUUGUAGCAUCUGCGUUAACCACUAGUCCAUCAAGGUAACACUUAAGCAUUUUUUUAUGUAUGUAAACACAAAUGUGUAAGCUAGCUGUUUUAAGCUGUCGGUGUGUCUCAAUUCGUAUCUUAUGCUUCAUUCUUUUACAUUAUGUAGUAUAAUUAAUGUUAAUGAAAAUGACAGAAAUAACAAACUUGUGCACUUCAAGCCGAUGUUGGAUGACAUAUUAACCAUAUAAAACCAUAUAACCAUAUAAAAGUCAUACACUAUGUCUUUCUGAAACACACCUGAUUCAGAUAAUCCAUGCAACAUUGUCUCUGUGCAUGCUGCAUUACAGUAACAUUUGUGCUUACAACAUAUUUUACACAAGUAGCUCUGUAAACACAAACGCUUCAUGCUAGUGUUUUAUGCUAGCUAGCAGUUUUAAUCUUUAAUUGUCUAUCAAUACAACCAGAAAAGUGAAACUUGAGCAUGAGCGUGAUCCAAAAUUGGUCACAGAUUCGAAGAAACUAAAUGGAUCACAGUGUUCCCUCCAUGUUAUGCCAUCUGGAAACGGAGAUCUUUGUGCAGUUGUGGGGAAUGCUUCCUCAGAGAUUGGGCUGUCCUGAGCUGUAAUUGGUCCCUCUAGAUAUUCUAAGGUACAUAAACACUCCAAUCUAGUCUGUACUUAACGCCUGACUGUGCUUCAUGAAGAGUAAACAAGUCUGUUCUCUCCUUCGUUGUGUCGGAAGAAAGCUAAGGGGAAAAAAGGAAAUAUAAACAUACAAGAGAUGAAUUGUGAGGAGGAAGAAAUCCAGGCAGGGUUGUGCCAAGUUCUGCCCUUGCAGCUAAUAUCCGAAGAUCCUGUAGACCAGUUAUCAAAUAGUUACAACAAUAGUGUCAAGUAAUACGAUUAAAGACCAUCAGAUGAGGAAAAAGUUCACCUGAAAAUGUCUAUUUUGUCAGUAUUUACCCUAAUGUCGAUCCAAACCUUAGGCCUAUGAUGUUUUUUUUUUUUUUCUGUGGAACCCAGUAGAAAUAUACAACAGCAGAUGGGUUUGGAACGACAUGAGGGUGGACAGACUGGCUGGCACAAUGAAAGAGGAGAACUUGUUCCGCAGACGGUUCUCUCUCUGUCCCACAGCCACGUCACCUCCCAAGAUCGACCCACGUGUACUGACCCGCAACCUGUCCUAUGGAGGAGACCAUGACCUGUACCCACUCAGCCCAGGUAAUGAAAUGGAGCGAAAUGGUUUGCCCUUACUGAGGGACGAGGUCAGUCCAGCCCGGUCGCCCAGCAGCGUGUCGGAAUCCAGGAUGUUUAUUGGUUUGGAGAAGGAGUCUUCCUCACCCACGGAGAAGCUGGCAAGGAAAGAAUCGCUUAAGGUUCAAAAAAAGAACUAUCGACAGGAAAAGAAGAGGGUCGCCAAUGAAUUGUUCAGUGCACUUAAGGAUCCAAGUGUGGUUAUUAUGUCCAACUGGCUAAAGAUUCGGGGAACAUUGAAGAGCUGGACGAAAUUAUGGUGUGUCCUGAAGCCUGGCAUUCUCCUGAUUUACAAGACGCCCGGUUCGGAACACUGGGUGGGAACGAUUCUUCUCAACGCCUGUAAACUCAUCGAAAGACCCUCAAAGAAGGACGGAUUCUGUUUCAAAGUCUACCAUCCGCUGGAUAAGUCCAUAUGGGCCAUGAAGGGUCCUAAAGGAGAAUCCGUUGGUUCCAUCACACAACCCUUGCCUAGUAAUUACCUGAUCUUCAGGGCAGCAUCUGAAUCCGAUGGACGCUGUUGGAUGGAUGCUCUGGAACUGGCUCUCAGCUGCUCCAGCCUGUCGAAGAUGACAGCAAAGAGCUGCAGGGAUGGAGAUCUGAGCAGCUCCUCUGAGUCUUCACACAUACUGCAGCUGCUGCAGUGCACGGCUCUCACAGACCAAGACCUUGUGCAGUUGAAUGACUCCAUGUUGGAAAACCAUAUGGAGAACGACGCCAACUCGGACAAAUCAGAGAGGGAGACGCAUGAAGACUCAGACAAUGCGGCCAAUGAGAAUGGAGGCAGAUUGACUGAGGAGAGUGAUAUAGACCAAUCGGAUGAUGUGUGUCUCCAGGCAACAGCAUUUGUUGAAGAAGCCUAUGAAGAGAUGGGAGAGGCUGGUGAAGCGUCCCAGGUCGAGACAGUCUCUGAUGAGAAUAAGGGUUUAAUUUGGACUCUCCUGAAGCAGCUGAGGCCAGGGAUGGACCUGUCUAAAGUGGUUUUGCCAACGUUUAUCCUGGAGCCACGUUCAUUUCUGGACAAGCUGUCAGAUUACUAUUACCAUGCUGACCUGCUGUCCCAGGCUGUGACGGAGGAGAGCCCAUACUGCAGGAUGAAGCAGGUCUUGCGCUGGUAUCUGUCAGGAUUCUACAAGAAACCAAAGGGUCUGAAGAAACCAUACAACCCUAUUCUAGGAGAAAUGUUUCGAUGCUGUUGGCUUCAUCCACAAACAGACAGCUGUACAUUUUACAUAGCAGAGCAGGUUUCUCAUCACCCUCCUGUUUCAGCCUUCUACAUCAGCAAUAAGAAAGAUGGAUUCUGCAUUAGUGGAAGCAUUCUGGCCAAAUCCAAAUUUUAUGGGAACUCGCUGUCUGCGAUACUAGAUGGAAAGGCCAGGCUCUUGCUUUUGCCCCGAGAUGAAGAGUAUAUCAUCACAAUGCCGUACGCUCACUGUAAAGGUAUUCUGUAUGGUACAAUGACUUUGGAGCUUGGCGGGAAAAUCACAAUUGAGUGUGAAAAAACACAAUGUUAUACAGAACUUGAAUUCAAAUUGAAGCCUUUUCUUGGCAGCUCUUGCAACGUUAACCAGAUUUCUGGAAAGAUACGUAUGGGGGAAGACGUUCUGGCUACAGUAGAUGGGCACUGGGAUAGUAAAGUGCACCUGACUGAGAAGAAGACGGGCCACCAGGAGGUGCUGUGGAACCCCAGUCCAGACAUACGCAGACAGAGGCUGAAGAGACAGGUGGUGCUGAUGGACCAGCAGGAGGCGUUCGAGUCUCAGAGGCUGUGGCAGCAUGUGACCAGAGCGAUUACAGAUAAAGACCAGAACAGUGCCACCCAGGAGAAAUUUGUGCUGGAAGAGGCUCAGCGUCAGGAAGCCAGAGAGAGGGGCGAGCGACCCUGGAGCCCACGUCUCUUCACUCUCAAUACCGACGCUAAUGAGUGGCACUACAAAUAUGCGGACACUAAGCCGUGGGAUCCGGACCGCUGUCUGGUACAGUUUGAGAAAGACGGCAUCAUCCAGACAAAAGAGAAAUCCCAACGCCAACGCAGCAGUUUCUCCUACAGCCAGAACUGGGCUGGACAGCAGAAGCUGCGUGUGAAUGGCAAGCACAGGAAGUCAAGCAGCCAGCCGUCCAGCUGCAGUCAGAACACGGAGAGCAGCAGUACCACACCAGAACCCAAUCAUGAGUCAUCCGACAAUGAAGGCUUUAUGAGAGAGUGUGCAAGAUGCACUAAAGAAGUGAAGGACAUCGCCCUCAUAGAGGCCUCAGUAGCAGCUAUACAGAAAACACAGCAAGACAUACAGAGAAACCUGAGUGCACUGGGUCGUCAGAUAGCGCGACACAAGACGUCGGAGGAGAGCAAGUCCUUGAGCGGUCGCCACUGUCUCAUCCUGUGCAUGCUGUUGCUCUUUCAGCUGCUCAUCAACUACGUCUUCACUUGAGAUGCCGUCACCUAACGACCAUCGCCUAGCAAUUGUUGCCUAGCAAUAAACACAGCCAAACGAUCACCGUCACACAGCCCCUUGAAUGCCCCACCAUGAUGUUGCUACCAACCGUAGCCCACCAUCAAGCACUAAGCACUUCAACUAGAGAGAAAGAGACUCUUAUUUUAAUUCAUAUGACAGAUAAUCAUUUCAGAGUGGAUGUAAAAUGCUGUACUGCCACUCUUGUUAAUUGAUGUGUUCCCUCUUCCCUACGUACUUCCGUUUCUCUGCAAUAUUGGUCAUCUAUUUGUGUCAUUUGAAUGCAGUUGAAUGGGUUUGUGUCUGCGUGUGCGUAACUCACAAAAUCCUCUUCCAUUUAUACACCGGGCCUUAAUACUGAUGCCAAAAAAAAGGGGAAAAAAAGAACCGAAAAGUCAGUGAAGUCCGCCAGUGCAAUUCUUUAUGCUUUCAACCACACAAAUUUGCUCAUUUUAUUAUUUUACCAAAACAGUGUUUCUGUAUAGAACAAUACAAAGAAGAGUACAUUGUUUACAAACUUGAUUGUACACUACACAAAGGAAAACAAUGCUCUGACACCAAAUGCGUAGAGUAGAUUUAGAUGAAGUUAACAGAAUUGGCGGUAGCACUAUGAUAACAGAACGAACAAUCAGCCAUAAGACUGAGAUAUUCAUAUUCAUGACUGUUUGUUAGGCAUUGGGUAGGUCGGUCACAACAGAGACACGUGAGGCCUUCUGGGAAGUUCCAGUUCAUUGAUGUCGCUCCGAUGAAGUGCGAUACGUUCGACAGCGAAGGCAUGACUGGGUAAUCAAAAGUGUACAUAUUUGUUUGAAACACUUGAGAAUGUAUUUAUUUGAUCAUUUCACUUGAUUUGUUUUAUAUAUAAUCAUACUGUUUUUAAGAACAUGUUCAUUCAGGUUUUCUGGGAGCAAGUACAGUCGAGCAUCAAAUUACUUGAGUUUUUUGUUGUGUUGUAAAGUUUGAGUGAGUCCUUAGUGGGGAACUGUUAAGGUCAAAGUACAAAACUUCCAAUGCAGGAUUCAUAUAGGAAAUUUGUGCUUGAAUGAUGCUUGUGCCCUUGAGCCAUAGUUCAACCCAUUGAAAUUUAAAAAUCAUUUUUCAUUUACUUUUUCCUUUUUUACAGAGCAAUCAGUACAAUGUUAUCUUGCCUGAAUGAAGUGAAUGGCUCACUGUUUGUUAAUGAUUGUUGCAAUUACAGCACCACAGUAAAGUUUUACAUUUCGA